AUGAAACGGGAAUACCUCCAGGGUAGCGUUAUAGACCAUGAAAGCGCCCGAGCUAUAUCAAAAACACUUAUACCUAUUAUUAUAACAACACUAUUUCUCGGAUCGGUUAACGGUAGAGUUUGGAAAACAACACAUUUUCAUGCUACACCAGCACUACAUUACACUCCAACAACAGAUAUGAAUUUACCUCAGUUUGUUGGUACACUAGUUGAUUUAUCAACAGAUCCAAAUUUGAUCGCUUACGGUCAGUAG